GCCUUUCACAGAGAUGUACGACGUUCGUAUUGCGAUCUGAGAGGUCGGCCGCGAUAAAGCAUCAUGAGCGAUUUUAUGCGGGUACCGAUUUUGCUUCGCCGUUGAUCUUGUGUAGCAAAAGUGUGCCGGUGGUACGGUACGGUGUACGUGUAUUGUGUGUACGCGCGACUCGACUGGGGUGUGGUGGUAUACGGUGAAUUUCUACGGAAGAAAGGCUUGCAGAACGGAAUAUCAUUACUUUUGUGCGGAAAAAUAACUUGUUUUGGACACUGCUGGACGGUGCAAUUGUAUCAGGAUAACCAAUUUUAAAUGGAACUACCAAGGACUCUAGAGUUUGGAGAAUAAAGAGGAUAUAUCGACGGUUUGUAGACAUUCAGACCGAGUGUCUGACCGGCUGUUCUUAACUUACUGGACUGUGCAUAAACGUUAUUUUAUUAUUCCAAAAUGGGGUGCGCUACGAGCGCAGAAGAUAAAGCGGCCGCUGAGCGGUCGAAAAUGAUUGACAGAAAUCUACGGUUAGAAGGAGAAAAAGCAGCUAGAGAAGUAAAAUUAUUGCUCUUGGGGGCUGGUGAAUCAGGGAAAAGUACAAUAGUAAAACAAAUGAAGAUUAUACAUGAAGAAGGGUAUUCUGAAGAAGAUUGUAGGCAGUAUAAACCAGUGGUAUACAGUAACACAAUUCAAUCUAUGAUAGCCAUCAUCAGAGCGAUGGGUUCACUCAAGAUUGAUUUCGGAGACACAGAAAGAGCAGAUGAUGCAAGACAAUUAUUUGCCUUGGCUGGGCAGGCAGAAGAAGGUGAACUUAGCACUGAAUUAGCAGCGGUAAUGAAGCGGUUAUGGGCAGACUCAGGAGUCCAAGCAUGCUUUAGCCGGUCCAGGGAGUACCAACUCAACGAUUCCGCAUCAUAUUACCUGAAUGCCUUGGAUCGGUUGUCAGCGCCUGGUUACAUCCCUACACAACAAGAUGUUCUUAGAACAAGAGUCAAGACCACUGGUAUCGUCGAAACGCAUUUCACCUUCAAGGAACUUCACUUCAAAAUGUUCGAUGUUGGAGGUCAGAGGUCGGAGAGAAAGAAAUGGAUACACUGUUUUGAGGGUGUGACUGCAAUCAUCUUCUGUGUGGCCCUCAGUGCCUACGACCUGGUUCUGGCAGAGGAUGAGGAAAUGGUAAAGAUCGUUCAAUAAUGUUUUUUUCCUUUCGUAUUGUGUAUUUUGUAUAUGAGGUACAUGAAUUAUGACAGAAAUGUUAUGGUAUUUGUACCCAUGUGUCAAUGUUAUGUAUUGUCAUUGUUACUAUGCAUGUUUUGGUUUUUUUUCGAAAGGGUAACAUCACCUGCUACCCUCUACUAUACAUGUACAUCAACGCCAUUGCCAUCGUGUACUGAAGGUCCUUCAAGAAACUCUUGCUGAUUUGUUGGUGUCAACUCCACAACCUCCUGGUAGCUCAUAGUCACACCCGUAAUAAAAACAUUGUGACCUUCAGAUCGUGAUACUUUAAUCAUUGAAGGCAGUGUUAACACAGACCGUAUACAUAGAUGUAGUUCUGCAACAUCGCUGCUUUACACUAUUAAAGCUGUUCUUACUUUUUAGAAUGGUGGAGCUACUUUAGACAUGAAAUUGGAUAUGGGAUGUGCAAAUUUCUAUUGACAAACAAUUUCAGUUGCUCCUAUUUGAAUUUCAAUUUUGUUCAAAUAAAAAAUGGCAAAUGUUUAAUUCAUGUUUUAAUUUUCAUCUAAAAAUAUCCCAACAAUAGCAUUAUUGUAGACAGCCUCAUAAAAAAGUCUACGUCAGGAAUUAUUUACUAAUCUUUCUCCCUUUUCACUUUUGAAAUCCCUGUAAUCUGCUUUAGAUAAAGGGAAAUUCUUAAUCCUAUUUUCCUUUGAUGUUAUUGAAGCUGGUGAACUAAUCUCUUUUCCUCUUGCGAAUAUCCUAAAAGGAGUGUAUUCUGUUUCCUGCAUUGGGGAAAAAAAGUAAAAUCAAAUCUUACAAGGGUUCAGUAUCCUACAUGUAUAUGCAUGCCUGUGGCUGAAGCUGCGUGAAUAUUGUAUGCAUGUUAUACUGAUUUAAAGGGAAACUAAAGUUUUGGAAAAAGGUGAAAUGUCUCAUAAUGACCUUUCAAAUGUUAUUCUUGUUAUUUGUGGUAGGAAGUGAACAGAGUAGGAAUUAAUUUCUAUUUCUUAGGGGCUAUCUUUUUCUCGACAUUGGGGCGAUUGCAGAAUUUUGGGGGCCAUUUCUUUCAUCAAAAGGGCUACUUUUUAGGGGCAACAAGCAAUUAUGCAGUAAAUGCAAAUAUCAUUCUGCCAUAGUUGGAAUAUUGAUUUUCUUAAAAUAAUCUUGAAUAUUUUCAUUGUGACAAAUCUUGGGGCGACUCUUAAAAGAAUCGUCGCCCCAAAGCAUGCACUUUAGGGGGAAUUUUAGGGGCUAUUUGGGUUGUCAUGGGGGUGAAAUCGCCCCUCGCCCUCUCGUAUUUCCUAUGCUGGAAGAGAAUUAUAAAAAAGGAGAUUGCUCCUUGAAUACGCUUCUUCAAUGACCUAAACCUUCAGGUUGACCAGUGAAGCUUUGGCCCACGUAUUGUAUUAAUAUUUGAAUGAGGCAAAAAAACAUAAAGGGACAAGGGAUAAUUUACCCCUAAAACAUUCACAAUAUUUGUAAUGAAUUCCAAAAGAGCCCCUGUAAACUACUACUUGGUUCUAUUAAAAUAUGCAUUCCGAAAAAUGGGAUAAUCUGCCCCCUCCCCUCUUCAACAUUUUCUAAUCACUUCAAGACAGUUUUCGUACAAAACUCAAUAUCUUGACCAGUACUACAUGUAGAACUUAUUAAUAAAAGACAUUCUUUUUUUUCCUGGCAUGGAAUCAAUUCAUUUUAUAUUCAGUGUAUACACCAUAUUAGUUAGAUAAAAAAAUAUGUGUAGCUGGAUAAUCAGUAAAAAAAAAGUAUAUUAACAAUACAACAAUGCACACAUGAAUGUUCAUUUGUUCCAUUGUGUACUGUAAAUUACUAUUAUGCAGAAAUUCUCAUUGGAAGAUCUAUAUAAAGUGACACAAUAAGCAAGCUUGCAAUAAGGAAUAUAUCAAAAGAUGUUACAAUACAGUCCACCUUUCCCUUCAUUGAGGAUUCACAAUUCUUGAGUUGUGGUUAAAUUUGUUGUAGUUACAUGUAGAUAUUUUAAGGCUUCAUGGUUUUAAAAUAUAAAGUGACUGAUAUAAUGUGACUGAUUAUUUUGGUACC